GAAUCCCGCCCCCCACGUUACGUCCCCCCCGUUCCCGCAAGGGGGGGCUGUGUUGUCGGCAGCCCCCCCACUCCUCCUCCGCCGCCGCCGCUGCCUUCCACCUUCCCUCCAUCCCUCGCCUGGCUCAGCCUCCCGGGAGCGUCUCCCUCCAUCCCAGCCCUGGCACCUUCCCCCGCUCCGGCCGGCUUCUCUCUCCGCCGGGGGGUUUCUACCUCCCCGCCAUCCCCGGCCCCCCCCCGGGGAGUGGCUCCUUCCCCCUCUGAGAUUUCCCUCCCUCCGUUCCUGACAGUCCCUAGCCCCCCCCGCCCCCCAAAUCUCUCCAUUCCUGGAUUUCCCCCCUUCUGUCUCUUUCCACCCCCGAGAUCUUCUCUCUCCAUUUGGAAAUUUCCUCCAACUCACUCCCCCUCUGAGCUGGUUCAGCUCCCUCUCCCCAUUCCUCCGGCACUGCCCCCCCCCCCCCCUUCAGCCCCGCUCCAACCCGCCUUCCUUUCCUGCAUUUCCACGCUCCCUUCUUUCCCCUCCAGAGCAUGGGCGAGAUUCCUCCCCGCUCACUGCCGCCUUGGGUGUGUCUAGCCCUCUAGCCCUCUGGGCUUUUCUCCGCUCCCUCUUUCCUGGCCGCAUGGAUUCGCUUCCUGCUUCUCCUCUGCCUCUCAGGAAAUAAAUACGGAGUACCCCACAUCAUGAGGCCACUGUUGGGAGCCCUCCCUGGCCCCUCGGCUCCGUUCCACACCCCCAGCAGCUCGUUUGCUUCCUGGGAACACCCGGAGCCUCUCUGAGUCAGGGGACUGGGAGCACAUCCCGACGCCUGUAGGCAGAGAUUCCCAAGGCCUGCUCUACGCCUGUUGGACACUAUACCUGUAGCUGGGGAACUCCUGGGCUGUAGAACACCAAGAAUUCCAAGUUACAGCCUGGCAGCGCACAGUCGUAACCAGUGGCUGCAAGUCUAGAGGGCUCUGUCUGCCUGUAGCCAGAGAACCGACCACUCUCGGCCUGUAGCUGGAGAAAUACACUCCCUGCUAGACACUGGUCACCAGAGAACCCCAGGACCGCGGUGCGCCUGUAGCCGGAGAACCCCAGGACUGCGGUGCGCCUGUAGCCGGAGAACUCCAGGACCGCUGUGCGCCUGUAGCCGGAGAACUCCAGGACCGCUGUGCGCCUGUAGCCGGAGAACCCCAGGACCGCUGUGCGCCUGUAGCCGGAGAACUCUGGGAUGGCUGUAGACCUGUAGCCAAGACUUCCAGGAGCACUUUACACCUGUAGUUACCGAACAUAGGAAUUGCCUGUCACAGAAGACCCCUGGACUUAUUGUAUGCCUAUAGCUGGAGAAAUCAAGGACUGUUGCACACCUGUAACCAGAGAAUUUCCAGCCCCCAUCUGCCUGUAAGAUAAAGAGACUCCCAGGUCACAGCAUGGCAGCACAGAGCCAGAACCAAGUCAUUGCAGAUUUGGAGGCCACUGUCUGCCUGUAACACAUGGACUCCAGGACCAUACUACAUCUGUGACCAGAGAACUCCAGGAGCCACGUACAGGUGUAAUCAGACAGCCUCCAUACCCCCGUAGCUACAGAAUUAUGGGCUGUAGUCUUACUGUAGGGCACCAUACAGCCAAGGCCAAAGCCAGAUUACUGUAGGUGUUGAAGCAACCGUACGCCUGUAGCCAAAGAUGUCUGGGACUGCUGUAUGACUGACCCCCACUUUACACACGUAGGCGGAGAAGUCUGGGACUUCUGUACCACUGUAACACUGCCGUACGCCUGUAGGGGACAACUCCAGGGUGUCUGUAUGACCGUAUCUCCAUUGAAUGGUUGUAGGUGGAGAUGUCUGGGAUUUGUGUAUGACUGCAGCUGAAGUGCACACCUGUAGCCAGAGAACUCAGAGGUCGCCCUCCGACUGUAAACCCCUCCCCCCGCCCCCCGCCACUACCACCAUGUGCCUGUAGGUGGAGAACUCCAGGACUGGCGUGCUGCUGUAGCUCCACUGUCCACCUGUAGGAGGAGAACUCCUGGUUCUUCAGUCGCCUAUAGCUACACUACUUGCCCAUAGACAGAGAAGCUGGGGAUCUCCCUACGACUGUAAGGGGCAGGAUUCCAGGAGUGGCGUGCGACUGUCACCCCGCCUGUAGGGGAAGAACUCCAGGACUGACGUACGGCUGUUAGUCCCAUUGCCAGCCUGUCGGAGGAGUGGAAGUUCCCACUACAGAUGCCACCCUGACCCUGCCACCUACAGCCAGCCCCGCAUGGUGGGGCUGGCCCUGGCUAUGAGCGCAGGGUCCUGUGGGUAGCCGGCGCCGGGAGAGGCGGGGCCUCGUUACAUGCAUGUCCCACGGGGGCAGGUUCGACUUUGACGAUGGCGGCUGCUACGUGGGUGACUGGCAGGAGGGCCGGGCACACGGGUACGGGGUCUGCACCGGCCCUGGGGCACAGGGCGAGUACAGCGGGCAGUGGCGCCGUGGGUUCGAGUCUCUGGGUGUCUACACCUGGCCCAGCGGCAACACCUACCAGGGCCAUUGGAGCCAGGGCAAGCGGGAAGGGCUGGGCGUGGAGCGCAAGAGCAAGUGGUGUUACAAGGGGGAGUGGAGCCAUGGACUGAAGGGCCGGGCUGGCGUCUGGGAGAGCCACUCCGGGGUCACCUACGAGGGCAUGUGGAGGGACGGGCUCCAGGAUGGCUACGGCACUGAGACCUACGCUGACGGAGGCACCUACCAGGGCCAGUGGCAAGCCGGGAAGCGGCACGGCUACGGCGUUCGCCAGAGCGUCCCCUACCGUCAGGCUGCCUUGGUGUGCUCCCUGCGCCGCACCUCGCUGGACUCCCUCCGCAGCGACCCCGACCCCGGCGUGCCCCCUCCUCCGCUCCCGCCCCCUCCCCUGCCACCUCCGCUGCUCCCGGGGGACAGCCCAGCCUCAGGCUCCCGGGGCGGCUUUGUGCUGGCCUUCCCCGGCGACCCGGGCUUCCCCAAGGGGGCCAAGAAGAAGACAGGGGGCUUCUUCUUCCGGCGCUCCCUGCUGCUGAGUGGCCUGCGGGUGCGCCGAGCCGAGUCCAAAGCCUCCCUGGGCAGCAAGCGGGGCUCACUGAAGAGCGAAGCUGGGGUGAGCUCGACUGGGAGUGAAGCCACCACCCUGAGCUAUGCCGAGACCGAACCCCCUGAGAUGCCUUCACGGUUGGCCAUCGAGGGCUCCUCCACCGAGGUGUAUGCCGGGGAGUGGCGCGCUGACCGGCGCAGCGGCUACGGGGUCAGCCGGCGCUCCAAUGGGCUGCGCUACGAAGGCGAGUGGCUGGGGAACCGGCGGCAUGGCUACGGGCGUACGACCUACCCCGACGGCACCAAGGAAGAGGGCAAGUACAAGCUCAACCGGCUGGUGAGCGGCAAGGUCAAGAACCUCAUCCCGCUCCGGCGCAGCAAGGUGAAGGAGAAGGUGGACCGGGCGGUGGAGAUGGCCCGCAGGGCCGUCAGCCUGGCCAGGCAGAAGCAGGAGAUGGCGGCCACCAGGGCGGCCGACGCCCGGCUGAAGGCCACGGCCGCGCUGGCCUCCGCCGAGAAGGCCAUGGAGGCGGCUCGAGUGGCCAAGAUCCUGGCCCAGGAUCUUCAGCCCAUCCUGGAUGACCCUGAGCCACGGACCCGCCUGGACUCUGAAGGCACUGACACAGACCUGUUAGAAUACGACAGCCCGGAGGUCUAUGAAAAUGGGGUCACCCCAUCAGACGUGACCCCAGAUCCCAGCUACCCGCCCACCCCACUGCAGCCCUGGAGGGGAGACCCCCGUCGGACUUGGCACCCUCUGGAGAAUGGGGGACCCCCUCGAGUGCCCCCUGCGGAUGUAUCAGACCCUGAGGAUGAGUGGGGGUGCCGGAGGUUCCCUGCCCGGACACCGGGGUUCCCACCCGAGGAACUGUGGGAGGGGGACGAGGAGGAGGGGGAUCCGGGGCGCCCCCUGGUGGGCACCCCUCCCAGCGGCAGCUCUGGAAGCCUCCGGGAGGAAGACGAGGAAGAGGACUACGAGGAAGAGCUCCACCAGCUGGAUAUUGGGGAGCCCCAGGCGGGGUCGGAGGUGGCGGGACCCCCGGGGCACUCUGGACUGGGGGCUGACAAGCUGCCUUCAGGGAGGGGGGCUGCGGCUCAGGGUGUGAAGGAGACAGGAGCAGCCGUGAGACAGGGAGCUCACCCAUUGGUGGUUCUGGCUGUCGUGUUGAUUGACAUCUGCCUGGCUCACCUGUUCUCUCUGCUUCUCACCUGAGACAGGGUGGGGGGCGGCUCACCACCGGACCCCUCCCUCUGCCCCUUCCCCCACCCCACCUGUCGCUCGUUCUCUGCCACUCUGUCUCAUUCCCUCUCUCUCUUUCUUCUCUCCUCUCUCGUUCCCUCUCUUUCACUCGUUCUUCUCUCCUAUUUUAUUCUCUCUUUCUCUCUCAUUCUUUGUUGGUCUGUGUCUUUCAUUCCUCCGUUCCUGCUCUGCCCCCUUCCCUCUCUCUCUCUCUAGAUUGUUUACAUAUGAAGGGCUCUUUCUAGUAGAUUUCUCUUUCUCUGUCUGAGACCAUGACAAAAAAAACACCCCCCCGUUUGAAAUUUGAGGUUCCUUUCCCCUUAAUGCACUCCUUCUUUUGGGGUUCAGUAAAUUGGGGAUGGGGGACCCCACGACUGGGAGUGGAGGGGAAUCCCAGCAGGGGGCGUGCUCUCCCCACCCCUCCAAAAACAAACAAAAAUGGCAAACUUUUAUUUCUGCUUUUUUAAUGACUUUUCUUGCUGCGUCUGAAUGAAAUAACUAGUUUAAAAAUUUAAAAGGGGGGUGAAGGGGGCGAUUCUGCUAUUGGGGGUGACUGGGGAGCUCAAUCCUGGUGCGAGGCUGUUGAGGGCAGCUGCUACACCUAGUGGGGCAAAAGAGGAAGUCCCGCCUUUGGAAGGAUGGUUCUAAAGGGGUCAGACAGGAAAUCCUGCCUCCUAGUGGGCUUAGUGGGGAACUUGUAGUGUGGAACACCAUCUACUGGAGGGUGGGGAAGUUCCUCCUACAGGAGAGCCACCCCAAGCGUUCAACACAGAAAGUCCUGCCUUUUGCAGGGAUGUGAUGGUGCAAUAAAGGAAAUGGGUCGGGAACACUCCUCGAAGGGGAGAAACGGGAAGUCCUGCCUUUUGUAGGGAUGUGACAGUGCAAUACAGGAAGUUCCACCCUCAGCAGGGUAGAGGAUACUCAGCUGAGCGGUGGAACAGGAAGUCCCACCUUUUUAAAGGGACGUGAUGUGCAAUACAGGAAGUUCUGCCUUCCGGAGGGUGGAAAAUACUCCUAAAGGGGGCAAAGCAGGAAGUCCUGCCUUUUUGCAGAGAUUGGUGGGUGCAAAACAAAAGUCCCACCUUCUGGAAGGCAGGGAGACACGAUUUGGGCCAAUGAGCCUGCUUGACCAUGGGAGGGGAACGCAAUGAUACCCCAAGGUACGUGUUGACUUAGAGGGGGGCAGUAUAGCUGUGGAGGAUACAUCCCCUCCAAUCACCCAGGGCAGGGCUAGGAAGUUGGGAGGCCCUUUGGGGAGCACCCCCUGGCAGGAAUCUCCCUCUCGGUCCCCCAGAAAAUGCAUGAGGAUGCUCAGUGUAUUGGGAAUGUGUAUAAUCGACUCCAAUCCCCAUGGCCCUGCAGUUUUCUACCUCCCUCCCUGCUGGCUGUCUCCUCCCUUGCUCCGGCCUUGAUCCGAUGUCCCCUCCCCGGAUUGCCUUUUCCACGGGAUAUUUCUUAUAGCGUGUCUUUGGGAUUGAAAACACAAACAGUCUUGCAGAUUUAAAAAAUGAGAAAUUUAAUAAAAAUAUAUUAAUAAAAAAAAGGGAAAAUGGA